GGGUGCCACUUGGGUGUCACUCUUCGCUCGCUCUUCAAACACGACCGACGUCUUAAGUUAUUUGUCUCGGGGAUGACUUGAAACUUCUCUCUGUUGAACCAGAAAGAAACAGUUGGAAAAUUUGCCUAUUGGAGUUUCAGUCAGUGAAAUUCAGCGGACUCUUAACUAUCGUCAAGCAGCAGAUAGUAUCAAGAAAGGAAGCAGAUCGAUAUCAACGCUCCCGAAAACAAACGAAGAGGAUUUAGUUUAAGGAAGUUUUUGUUAAGUUUUAUAAUUUAUAGUGUUCAGUUUUUUGCGCAUGAAAGUUUUCAUUUAUACGAAAUAAGUGAGUGUAUUCUGCUAUUAGAGAAGAAAGUCCGUGUGCAAAGUGGAUUUUAAUCCCAAGAGUCACGAAAACGACCACCAAAGAAAAAAAUUAAAUCAUAGCGCAAGUGAUAGUUCGCAAAAGCCAGGAUAUUGCAAGCAGCUUCAAUCUGGAUUAAGAAGCAAGAAGAAAAUCGAGUAGCCGCAAGGAUGCAACGACCUAAUCCUAAUCAGCAGCAGCUGCAGCAAUUUCAGCAGCAGCAGAAGCAACAAUCGUCGAUGGUAAUGCAACAGCAAUCGUCGACCUCUUCGUCGGUUCAGCAGCAGUCUCAGCAGUUUAUGAGCCAGCAAUUUUCCCAGCAGCAGCAGUUUUCCUCGCAGCAGCAAAUGAUGAGCCGUCAGGUGACCGAGCAUUCCUCGGUCAGCCGUCAAGUCACUCAACAAAGAGUGCAACAAACUGGCGGCUACAUUCAGCAGACGUCAACACCGGCCAUCACUUCGGCACCACAGACGCCAUCGGCUCAGCUGUACCAGCAGCAAGCACCUAGCUACUUGGUACAGUCGCCCAGUAUCCCAUCCGACGCUUCACCCCCUGUGUUUGAGCAGAUCUUCAAGAACUCUCGCUUUGCACAGGGUGGCAAUGCGCUGUUCGAGGGCAAACUCAAGGGUACACCGAAGCCUGAGGUUUCCUGGACUCGAAAAGGCGCACCACUUUUCGAUUCCUCGAAGCACAAGCUUAGCUACAAUCCCACUACCGGCGUGGUGUCGUUGCUGAUCAACCAAAUUGGGCCCGGCGAUGAGGGCGAAUACACAUGCAAAGCCAGGAAUGCCGUUGGCGAAGCCAUCUGCUCCGUGUUCAUCCAGCCAGAAGGCAUGCCUGCUCCACAGUUCCAACAGGUCAAACGGGAACAGCAGCAAAUGCAGCAGCAGGUUAUGCAGCAGAAGCAGGUUAUCAGCCAACAGCAACAGCAGUACACCAAUGGCUAUUCGCACAUCGAAGAGGAAUUCAAGGUCGAUACCUUCGAGUAUCGACUGCUGCGGGAAGUAUCCUUCCGCGAAUCAAUCACUCGUCGCUACGGUGGCGAAACAGAUGCUCAACUACUCACUACUGUAGAUCGCGCUCUUGGUCCACCUGCACCUCCGCAAAUUAGUCAGAAACCGAGAAACUCGAAGCUAGUCGAAGGAUCCGAAGCUAUGUUCAGCACCAGAGUUAGCGCCAAUCCGAGACCAAGACUGAGCUGGUUCAAAGAUGGUCAACGCAUUAUCCCGUCCGUUGACAAGCAUGAAAUCACAUACUCAAACCAGCAAGCUACACUACGCGUCAAAAAUGUCACCUCUAAGGACUCCGGUCAUUACACUCUACUGGCCGAAAAUCCCCAGGGAUGUCAGGUCUCGUCCGCAAUCCUGGCUGUUGAACCAGCACAGGAACAAGUCACCGUUGCAACCAGCCAUGACGUCAUCGAAUCGGCGGAAGCUACCAAAGCUCUAUCACCAGCGUUUGUCACACUGAUUCAAGAUCAGGAAACAACCGAAGGUAAAAUGGCUCGUUUCGAUUGCCGCGUCACUGGCCGUCCAUAUCCGGAAGUGGCUUGGUAUAUCAAUGGCAAACUUGUUACUGACGAUGCCACGCACAAAAUCCUCGUCAACGAGGCUGGAAAUCAUUCGCUGAUGAUCACCAGCACCAACCGUUACGAUCACGGUAUCGUCACCUGCAUCGCCCGUAACAAAACCGGAGAGAUUGCUGCUCAAGCCAAACUAGUCGUAUGUGAACGCGAACAGGUCGUUGCACCGAAGUUCAUUGAACGUUUUACCACUGUCAACGUAAAGGAAGGUGAACCCGUCCGUCUGUUUGCACGUGCCAUCGGUACUCCGAUCCCACGCAUCACCUGGCAGAAGGAUGGCAUCCCUCUGCAGCCGGGACCGGACGUACAGAUCCUGUGGGACGACAAUGGUUCCACCACCGUUGACAUCCCACGAGCUAAGACGUCGGAUGCUGCUUGGUAUCAGUGUACCGCACAAAACGUUGCCGGUACUACUGCUACCCGGGCUCGUCUCUUCGUGGAAACUCCGAAGGGACCAGCCCCGGAACAGCGCCGUCUUCAACUACCACGACCGACCAAAGUCAUUCAACCAGAACCCGCACCAGAACCGGAAGUUAUCUUCCUGCGUCAUGUCGAGCGAGCUGCUCCACAUAUGCCACCAAAGGAGGAAGACCGCAUCUACCCACCACCGAAGUUCACCAUCCCGCUGAACGACGUCGCUCAAGUUGAGGGUGGUAAGGUACACUUCGAGGGUCGCAUCGAACCCGUCUCCGAUCCGACGAUGCGUGUCCAGUGGUUCCUGAAUGGAAACUUGAUUCAAGCAAGUUCCCGUGCCAACACGACGUUCCAGUUUGGCUUCGUCGCCCUGGACUUACUGAGCAUCGUCAUGGAGGACAGCGGUGAGUACACGUGCCGUGUGUCCAGCUCAACUGGCGUUGCCGAAUCGCAUGCCAUGCUGAGCGUCCAGCCAAAGCCUCCGAUCGAGCAACAGUCGCAGCACUCGGCAGCCCUGCACCAGAUUCAGAACCUGGAGGAUUACUCCAAAUACGUUCGUACUGAGAGUAUUGAGGAAGUGGUCAACCAGAGACCGGCUUUCACUCGCCCACUGCAGGACUUGGGCCAGCUGGAAGAGGGAAGAAACGCUCAUUUUGAGGCUCAGAUUACCCCAGUGAGCGAUCCAACAAUGAGAGUGGAGUGGUACAAGGACGGCCGUCCGAUUACGGCCAGCUCUAGGAUCACCGCCAUCUUCAACUUCGGAUACGUCUCCCUGAACAUUAUGCACCUACGCGCUGAAGAUGCCGGUACCUACACUGUGCGUGCCGUCAAUCGCAUCGGCGAAGCUAUCAGUACUUCUCAGAUUACGAUCAUCAGCAAGGCUGCAGUUACUGGAGAGUUGGGUAUUGCUGAGCAACAGAACUACAUUCAAAGCGUUGAACAGCUGGAACAGUAUCAAAAAUAUCAGAACAUGAAGUUUUACGAGGAAACUCCGGAAAGUACACAACGUCCGGAGUUCAAGACUCCCAUCUCUGACCAGUUGAAUAUCCGUGAAGGAGGCUUCGCUCACUUUGAAGGUCGCCUAGAACCUGUUAGCGAUCCAACCCUUCGUGUAGAAUGGUUGAAGGAUGGUCACCCGAUCGAGGCUAGCUCGCGUAUUACAACUUUCUGUAACUUUGGAUACGUCGCACUGACAAUCAAACAAGUAACGAUCCAUGAUGUCGGUCACUACACCUGCCGUGCCUACAACUCUCUGGGAGAAGCCCACAUCACUGGUAAACUGACUGUGGUGUCCCGCCAGGACAUCAUUGUCGACUCCCAGACGAGUCACAUGGGAAUGGAGAAACUUCAAUAUCUGGAAGAUUCGUCAAGAUACACCCGCACAACCCAAGAAGAGCAGCAAGUCGUACAGACUGCUCCACGUUUCCUAGGUCCGUUGAAAGCUACCAACAAGAUCGUCGAAGGACAGCGUGCUCACUUUGAAGCUCGCCUUGAACCACAGUCCGAUUUGACGAUGCGUGUUGAGUGGUACCAUAAUGGACGUCCAGUGAUGACAGCCAACCGUAUCCAGACAUAUCACGAUUUCGGUUAUGUCGCAAUGGACAUCUUGGACGUUCGCGGUGAAGAUUCAGGAACCUACACGCUGGUUGCUACGAAUGCAGCUGGUCAGGCUCAACUGGACACCCAGAUGAUCGUUGAAACUCGUUCAUCAGUGGAUACCACCAGCAUGCACCACGUUGUUGAACGCACCCAGAUGAAGCAGGAAACUCAAUUCAUCGAACCGUCGUAUCAAAUCGAAGAGCUGUGCAAAUCCAAGCCGAUUUUCACUCAGUCUCUGUCGGAUCCACAGCCAGUUGGAGAAGGUCGCAACAUUCAUCUGGAGUGCAAGCUUGAACCGCUGGGUGAUCCGACGAUGCGCGUCGAAUGGUUCCAGAACGGUCGUCCAAUCACUGUUGGAUCCCGCUUCAAGACCUAUUACGACUUCGGUUUCGUAGCUUUGGAUAUUCUUCAUUGCACUGCAAACGACUCAGGAGAGUACACUGUGCGUGCUACCAAUCAACUUGGAUCUUCACAUACUUCAGCUUGCGUUCGUGUUAUCACCCGUUCGGACAUUAUCACCGAGUCCCAAAGUGAGCUGACCCAAGAGCAGCUGCAGUAUCUGGACGAUUCAUCCCGAAUGCGUCGUGACGUUUUGGAAGAUAUCACCGUCAUGUCGCCGCCACAGUUCGUCCGUCCUCUGCACAACAUUGAAACAUUCGAAGGAACCAACAUCCACUUGGAGUGCCGUCUGCAGCCGGUUGGUGAUCCAUCGAUGCGCGUCGAUUGGUUCGUUAACGGACAACCCGUCAAAAUCGGCCAUCGCUUCCGUCCAGCUUACGAGUUCGACUACGUAGCUUUGGAUCUGCUCGGAGUUUACCCUGUUGAUUCCGGAGUGUACACUUGUCAGGCUCGUAACUCUUUGGGCGAGGCUGUAACUUCAUGCUCGGUCCGCAUCGUUGCCAAGAAGGACUUGAUCAUGGAAACCCAGUACCCAGCGGGACUCGAGAAGUUGCAGUUCUUGGAAGAUAUUUCGCGAUACCGCAAGACAGAGUUCGUUGACGAGAUUGUCAACGUGAAACCACGAUUCGUUACCCGUCCAAAGAAUAUUGAUCGUGCCCAAGAAGGUGGCCAUGCGCACUUUGAGUGCAAGUUGGAGCCAGUAACCGAUUCAAACUUGAAGGUUGAAUGGUACAAGAAUGGCCAUCCGAUCACCAUUGGUCACCGAUUCCGUCCAAUUCAUGACUUUGGUUACGUUGCCUUGGAUAUUAUUGAUCUAAUCGCUGAGGAUAGUGGAACUUACAUGUGCCGUGCCGUCAAUUUGGUAGGCGUCGAUGAGGUUGCCGUACAGCUCGCCUGUCGUGGUUCACAGCAAAUUCUGACGACAACCCAGAACGAGCAGGGUCUCGAGCAGAUUCAAUACCUGGAAGAAAAGUCCAAACAUCAUCGCGCAGAUCACGGUGAUGAUAUGCCAUCUCAGGCCCCUACAUUCACUACUUCGUUGAAGCACAUCGAGAUCAAGGAGGGUCAACGAGCUCACUUCGAAUGUCGUUUGAUUCCGGUCUCCGAUGCUACUCUCCGCGUUGAGUGGUAUCAUAAUGAUGCUCCAGUCAAGUCUGGAUCUCGCUUCACUGAAACAAACAACUUUGGAUUUGUUGCCUUGGACAUUAUGGGAUGCUUGGCAGAAGAUUCUGGUACUUACACUUGCCGUGCUGUCAACGCUCUGGGUGAGGCUGUCACUUCAGCUACUUGCAUUGUUCACACGCGUAAGAGCAUUUACUCCGAAUCACAGCACGAGCAUGCUUUGUCUAGCUUGCGCUACCUGGAGGACAUGUCUCGCUACCAACGUGAGACUGAAGUCGAUGAAGUUAUCACUCAGGCUCCAGUGUUCACUCUUCCUGUGAAGGAUGUCAAGGUCGCUGAAAAUCAAGCCGUUCAUUUUGAGGCUCGACUUGUUCCGGUUGGAGAUCCAAAGAUGCGAGUUGAAUGGUUGAGAAACGGAGUUCCGAUCGAGGCUUCCAAUCGUAUCACCACAAUGCACGACUUCGGAUAUGUUGCCCUGAACAUGAAAUACGUCAACCCUGAAGACUCCGGAACUUACACUUGCCGUGCAACCAAUGACUUGGGACAGGCUGUCACCUCAGCCAAAUUAAUGGUGCAGUCUAAGGCUGCUCUUGAUCUGGAAACUCAAAACGAGAAUGCUCUGGAGAAGAUUCAUCAGCUUGAAGAUGCCGUUCGUUAUUCCCGCAAAGAGGAAGAAGAAUACAUUGUCAUUCAGAAGCCCAAGUUCACUACAAAGCUUCACGGUCCAACCAAUUUGGUUGAGCAACAGAGUGCUCACUACGAAUGCCGCAUUGAACCUUACCCGGAUCCAAACUUGAAGGUUGAGUGGUUCCACAACGGUCAACCAUUGACUACUGGUCAUCGCUUCAGAACGACAUACGAUUUCGGAUUUGCUGCACUUGAUGUGCUGACAGUCUAUGCCGAGGAUUCCGGAGAAUACACUUGCCGUGCUAGCAACCACCUUGGUUCAGAAACGUCGUCUAUUACUCUGAACGUUACUUCCAAGUCCGGUAUCGUUCGCGAUACCCAACACGAAGGAGCUCUGGAAAAGAUCCAAUAUUUGGAAUGUGACGCACGCUACGGUCGCAAGUCAGACGAAGAACACUUUGUCGCCGAGAAGCCACAGUUUGGCCGUCCGCUCAAGAAUGCCAGCGUUUCCGAAGGUCUACCGGUGCAUCUGGAAGCUACGCUCACACCGGUCAACGAUCCAACAAUGAAAGUCGAAUGGUACUGCAAUGGUCGUCCAAUUCAGCAGGGUCAUCGCUUCAAGACUACGUACGACUUUGGUUUCGUCGCUCUCGAUAUUCUGUACGCACACGCUGAGGACACAGGCACCUACAUGUGUAAGGCGAAGAAUGCGGUUGGGGAGGCUGUCACGACCUGCGCUGUUAAAGUCACAGCAAAUGCUGGAUUAUAUUUGGAGACUUUGGAUGAACAGCGUCUGCAGAAGAUUAAGGAACUGGAGAGCUACCAGAAGCCAAAGACACCAGAAGUUGAACCAGCUAAGCAGAAACCUGUGUUCUUGACCCCGCUGACCAAUUUGGAGAACCUGAAGGAAGGCGACUAUGCCCAUCUGGAAUGCCGCGUUGAGCCGAUCAACGAUCCGAACCUGAAGAUUGAAUGGUUCAUCAAUGGCAAAGCUAUCCGGGCAGGACAUCGCUUCCGCACGACUCAUGACUUUGGUUACGUUGCGUUGGAUAUUCUGUACGUCUACGGUGAGGACAGCGGUACCUACAUGUGCAAGGCAACCAAUUUGGUUGGAGAAGCCGUCAGUACUUGCAACAUCCGUGUGGUUAACAAGCGCAGCAUUAUCUUCGAUUCUCAGCAUCCGGAUGGUUUGGAGAAGAUCCAGAAAUUGGAAGCCCAAGCACGUCCAUCGCGUCUGGAGCUUGAAGAACCUGAUGUAACCGCUCCACGUUUCGUUACCGAGCUUAGAGGAACAACCGAAAUUCACGAGGGCCAGACUGCUCACUUUGAAGCUCAAGUCGAACCGAUUCAUGAUCCAAAUCUACGUAUCGAGUUCUAUCACAAUGGAAAGCCACUUCAGUCUGCAGCGAGAUUCCACAUUACCUUCGAUUUCGGAUAUGUUGCCCUUGAUAUUCAACACGUCGUUGCCGAAGAUGCUGGAGAGUACACGGUUAAGGCCAUUAAUGCAAAGGGACAGUGCAAGUCGUCUAUUAACAUGCGAGUUACUGCCAAGGGAUCGAUCAUAUCGGAUACUCAGCAUCCAGAAGGUCUGGAUAAAAUUAAGCAACUUGAAGGGGCUGCUCCUUUCAAACGCCCAGAGAUUCAGGAUGCCGUUACUAAGCAGCGCCCAGUAUUCACUCAGCCACUGCAGAAUAUUGACUUUGUCGCUGAAGGACAAACUGCUCACUUCGAGUGCCGCUUGAUUCCAGUUGGAGAUCCAAAUCUGAAGGUCGAAUGGUACAGAAACGAAAAACCAUUGGAAGACAGUUCUCGUAUAACCAAACAACACGACUUUGGAUAUGUAUCGAUGGAUCUCACCCACGUUCGCGAAGAAGACGAAGGUGUUUACAUGUGUCGUGCUAUCAAUCCACUAGGAGAGGCCGUCACCACUGCAUCGAUGAGAAUCCGCACGAAGGCAAGCAUCCAAAUGGACUCACAGCAUCCAGAAGGCAUGAGGAAGAUCAUUCAGCUCGAACAACCACAUGCUCCCCGUCCCGAGGAACAAGAAGCUGGAUUCGAAAAGCCAAUCUUCACGCAGCUGUUGACUGGACCCUCCGAGUUGUGGGAAGGUCAGCAUGCUCAUUUCGAGGCUCGAGUAGUUCCAGUUGGUGACGCUAGCAUGAAGUACGAAUGGUACGUCAAUGGAGUUGAGCUCAAGUUAGGAUCACGAUUCCGCACAACCAAUGACUUCGGAUUUGUUACUUUGGACAUCAAUUCAGUUGUGUCGGAGGACUCUGGAGUUUACAUGUGCAAGGCAAUCAACAAGGCUGGAGAAGCCGUAUCUUCGACCACGAUGAAGGUCAAGUCGAAGUCGUCGAUUGCCGGCGAGCCACUUCUGCCAGAAGCCUGGGAAAAGAUUCAGCUCAAGGAAGCUGCAAUGAACCGUGUCCCAGAUAUGUUUGUCGACACAACUCCACAGCAGGCCCCAGUAUUUACUACGCAUUUGGAAAGCCACGAUAAACUCCAGGAAGGUCAGCAUGUUUACUUGGAAGCCCAGGUCGAGCCACGUGCCGAUCCUAACCUUCGAAUUGAAUGGUUCAAGAAUGGCAUGGCGAUCACAACUGGAGCCAGAAUCCGUAGCACUUUCGAUUUUGGUCUAGUGACCUUGUCGAUCAAUGGACUCCGUGCCGAUGAUUCAGCUAUCUAUACUUGCAAGGCUACCAAUAAUCAUGGCGAAGCCGUUUCAACGGCAACACUGAAGAUUGAAGGCAGCCAUUGGCUGUUGGGAGAUACUAUGCACCCAGCUUCCGUUCAGAAGAUUAGCGAUUUGGAGGCACCUCGUGCAGCUUACAAGGGCACACCAGAGCCACAGUUUGAAUCUCCAGUGUUCGUUACUCAUUUGAACAAUGUUGAAUGCAAGGAAGGCGCUAACGUUCACUUUGAAUGUAAUGUUGAACCAUCGAAGGACCCAACUAUGCAGAUCGAGUGGUUCGUCAAUGGCAAACCACUGCCAACUGGUUCGCGUUUCAAGACCACAUAUGACUUUGGAUUUGUUUCGUUAGACAUCACUGGAGCAUACGCUGAAGAUUCUGGAAUCUACACAUGCAAGGCUACCAACAACAAGGGCUCAGCGUCGACUUCUGGAUCGCUGAGGUGCACUAGCACUACAACCAUGUAUUUGGAUACUCAGCAUCCGAUGGGCAAGGCUGGACUGGAAGCCGUUCAAGAUACGGAAGCUGCUCUGGCAAAUCGCUACAAGCGUCAAGAAUCGAAGCCAGAAGGUGCCUUCCCUGCACCGAAAUGGACCGUCGAGCUGCAGUCCGAGUUCAGACUCAACGAGGCUGAGUCGCUACACUUGGAGGGACAAGUUGAACCAAAGGACGAUCCAGACCUCAAGAUCGAAUGGUACUUCAACGGAAAGGUUCUUCAACAUGGAUCACGCUUCAAGAUGACGAACGACUUUGGAUUCGUUACUCUUGAUUUGACCGAAGUGUAUGAACGUGACCAAGGUACCUACACAUGCAAGGCCUACAACUAUUCUGGAGAAGCGUUUACCUCGACCACCGUGUACUGCGUUACCAAAGAAAGCCUCAUUGAGCGUACCCAGCACCCGAAGGGCACUGAGGGAUUGGAAAAGAUUCAGGAUCUGGAAGAGUCGCUGCGCAGACAAGAAGCCGCACAAACCGAAGCAGAAGGAGGACAUGCUCCGAGAUUCACUUCCGAAUUUGUUGCCGUUGCUAACGUUGAAGGAGAAAUUGCUCACUUUGAUGCAACGUUGAUUCCAACUGGCGAUCAGACCAUGGUCAUUGAAUGGUUCUACAAUGGCAAGACCUUGGAAGCAAGCCAUCGUGUCCGUACCGUUUAUGCCUUUGGAAUGGUUGUACUCGAAAUUCUGGGUACAAAGAUCGAAGACUCUGGAACUUAUAGUUGUCGCGCCACCAACAAGUGGGGAACAGCUGAAAUCAGUGUUCAUCUGGAAUGCGUUGAUAAGUCCGCAGGACAGAAGCCACGUUUCACUACGCAGAUUCAGAACUUGGAGGGCCUGAAGGACGGCCAAUCGGCUCACUUCGAGUGCACUUUGGUUCCGGUCAACGAUCCGGAUCUGAAGGUCGAAUGGUUCCAUAAUGGCAAGCCGCUGCGCCAUUCCAACCGAAUCAAGCCUGUUUCCGAUUUCGGAUAUGUGCUUCUGGAUAUCGCGUAUGUCCAAAGCCACGAUUCUGGAGAGUACAUCUGCAAGGCGUCGAACAAGUAUGGCGAAGAUACGACCCGUGCUACACUCAAAUGUUUCGGAAAGGGAGGCGUAUAUCUGGAAUCACUGCAACCCGAUUCGUUGGCUAGAAUCCGUGAACUCGAAAGCCAGGCGGGUAUGAAGCCAACUGCUGCCGGAUCGCCUGUUGGUGAAGCACCGCGAUUCGUUACCAAGAUUUCUGACAUUACUAAGCUAGUUGAGGGACAAAGUGCUCACUUUGAAGCCAGACUCACUCCACUUACGGAUCCAGACCUUGUCGUCGAAUGGUACUGGAAUGGACAAAAGCUGCCCCAUGGUCAUCGUUAUCGCACUUUCCACGACUUCGGUAUCGUAAUCUUGGAUAUUUUGUACUGCUACGAAGAGAACUCUGGAGAAUUUGAGUGCCGUGCCACGAACAAGUACGGAUCGGACAGCACCAAGGCAACGCUGAAGUGCGUCUCGAAGGCAAAUCUGAUCUUGGAUUCCCAAUUGCCACAUGGAAUGGAAGGUGGAUUGGAGAAGAUCCAAACUUUGGAAGAUUCAUUGGUCCGCACUCGCGAUGAACGUGAACGAGUAGAAGGCGGUCGUGCUCCAGUGUUCACCGUACCACUGUCGAACAUUGAUAGCUUGCGCGAAGGUGAAAGCGCUCACUUCGAAGGUAAACUUACCCCAACCGAUGAUCCGAGACUUAAGGUCGAAUGGUUCUGGAAUGGUAAGCCGCUGAAGACUGGAUCACGAUUCCGUACGUUCUGUGACUUUGGAUUCGUCAUUUUGGAAAUAUCACCUGUUUAUCCAGAGGAUUCUGGAGAGUACUCUUGCCGUGCUUCCAACGAAUACGGUGAAGCUGUCACUACUGCAACAAUGAAGGUUCAAGGAAAGCGUAGUAUCAUUUUGGAGUCACAACUGCCAAAGGGUAUGGAAGGCACCAUCGAACGCAUUGCAGAGCUUGAAGGACUUGGAAUUCCUCAUGGAGGACUUACUCCCGAUGACGAUUCUGGCAAGCCCCCAGAGUUCAUCACCACGCCUUCGGAUCAGACUCUGACCGAAAACUCUUUGGCUCACUUCGAAUGUCGCCUGACUCCAGUUAACGACCCAAGCAUGCGUGUUGAAUGGUAUCACAAUGGUAAGGCCUUGUGGGCUGGAUCUCGCAUCAAGACGAUCAACGAUUUUGGUUUCGUCAUUCUGGAAAUUGCUGGAUGCUACCAGCGUGACUCGGGAUUAUACACAUGCAAGGCUACCAAUAGUCAUGGAGAAGCUACUGUUUCCUGUAAACUGACCGUCCGCGGCCGUCAAGGUAUCAUCAUGGAACCACAGUUGCCAUCGAACUUCCGCACUGGAACGGAAAGCAUUCAGAAGCUGGAAGAACAGCUGCACAAACGCGAAGAAAUGAUGGCCGAAGAAGAUGAGGCUCGUCCACCGAAGUUCAUUGUUGAGAUCAAGGAUAACACUGAUGUUGCGGAAGGUGGACCGGUCCACUUUGACUGUCGCGUUGAACCAGUGGGUGAUUCUUCGAUGAGAAUCGAUUGGUUCCACAACGGCAGACCAUUUGCCACCGGAUCGCGUGUGCACAUGUUGAACGACUUUGGUUUCAUCGCCCUGGAUAUGGAUUACGCUUACGUGAGGGACUCUGGAGUGUACGAAUGUCGUGCUACGAACAAAUGGGGUACGGCUUCGACUACUGCAAAGGUCACCGUUGUAUCUCGAGGUGGAAUCAUUUUGGAUUCGCAGCUGCCUGAGGGAAUGACUGCCUCCAAACUGAAGGAACUGGAACGCGCAAAGGUUACCCUGGCUACCCAGGAAGAGCGCACCUUCGGUCCACCGAAGUUCGUUUCGCAGAUUCAGUCCACCACAAUCGAUGAAGGAGAGACAGUUCGCUUCGAGUGUCGCGUUGAACCCAAGGAAGAUCCCAAGCUGCGUGUUGAAUGGUUCCGCAAUGGAAAGCCACUGCCAAGUGGCCAUCGUUACAGAACUAUCUACGACAUGGGCUUCGUAUCUCUGGACAUUCUGUCGGUGUACAUUGAAGAUGCCGGAGAUUACGUGUGCCGUGCAUUUAACGAGCAUGGCGAAGACGUUACCAAGGCUCAUGUGACCUGUAAGAAGCUUCCGUCGAUUGUGCUGCAGAACCAAAUUCCAAAGGGUAUGCAAAAGUCGGAAACGUUAAUGCAGAUGGAAGCCACGAUCAAGAAGUACACCGAAGAGAUCUUCCUUACCGAGGAUGAUCUGUUCGAUCCGGACCGUAAGCAGCCACCUCGUUUCGUGACGCAGAUCAAGGAUCAAACUAGCUUGACUGAGAUGCAGGCAACCAAGUUCGAAUGCCAGCUGGCCCCGGUCGGUGAUCCGAAUAUGAAGGUUGAGUGGUUCUACAAUGGCAAACCAUUGCCGUACAAGAACCGCUUCACACCGAUCUACGACUUUGGCUACGUUGCGAUGAACUUCGGAUGGAUCUACCCGGAGGACAGUGGUGAGUAUCUGUGCCGUGCUACCAAUCUGUACGGUAUGGAUGAAACCAGAGCCAUCAUCAAGACAACGGGCAAGCCAGGUAUCAUCUACGAUUCCCAGCUGCCAAAGGGCAUGAAGAGUAUCCAGAAGAUUCGCGAAAUGGAAGCGUUGUGGAACCUGAAUAUUCCAGAAGUUAUCGACGAGUCGCAGAAACCGAAGAAGGAACCAGCAUUCGUGAGCCGUCCGGAAUCUAUCGAAGUCGAGGAAGGUGAAUGGGCACGCUUCUGCUGCCGUGUCACCGGUCAUCCGAAGCCGAGAGUUAUGUGGCUCAUCAAUGGACACACUGUUGUCAAUGGUCAACGCUACAAACUCACGUACGACGGAAUGUAUCACUUCGAUAUUCCGAAGACUCGCCAGUACGAUACCGGCAAAAUCGAAGUCAUCGCUCGCAGCUCCGUUGGCGAAGCUGUCGCUAGGUGUGAAUUGAAGAUUACCCCACGUCGUGACGAUUACCGCGGAGUGUUGAAGAACUCUCCAAGACCCUGGUACGAUUACGACCUGGUCUCCUACCAGAAGAAUCGUCUCGAUACCGACCUGGAAGUCACGCUGCAGGAGGAAACCAAGAAGAAGAAGAAGGGUCUCAAGGCUCAGCAUCUGAAGCCGAAGGAGAAGAAGGAAAGCGAGACCGAAUGGCAGAAGACUGUCAAGAAGAAGAAAAACGAAGAGUACUAUAACAAACUGGCCCAGGUAGAGAACGAACAGUUGGUCAAGGAGCAGCGACUCCGCGAAGAAAAGCACCAGUUCGCUAUCCCUGGGGACAAGGUGGUCGGCCAGUCGCUCGCCAAGGGAAUGGCAUCUGCAUAUGAGGAAACUAUAGAUGAAACAAAGGAAACCGAAUCCCUGGAGACGACGACCGUUCCACGCAAGAAGAUUAUUCCGGAACCACUGGAGACUUCCGUUCAGGGCAAAGAAGUUCACGUAUCUCAGCAGAAACAGACCCAGAAGGAGGUCUACGAUGACAAAGAGAUCAUCCGCAAGAUUACGGCAACGGAAACUACCGAAGUUGAACACAAGGGUACAACCCAGGAGCGUAUUGUAGAGGGACCGGUUAAACCGGCUACCCCACCGGUGUUCACCAAGAAGAUUCAACCGUGCCGUGUGUUUGAAAAUGAGCAAGCCCGCUUCGAAGUCGAGUUCGACGGCGAUCCAAUGCCCGCUAUCAAGUGGUUCCGUGAGAACUUCCAAAUCCAUAACUCAUCGGACUUCCAGAUUCAUACUUUUGGAACCAAGUCCGUUUUGAUUAUUCGUCAGGUAUUCAUGGAAGAUUCGGCUGUAUUCGCCGUGAUUGCCGAGAACCGUGGAGGAACCGCCAAGUGCAGUGCUAAUCUGGUUGUAGAACAGCGUCGGCAGCAAGGCCGAGGAGGCGUUACCCCGCCUAGCUUCGUAAACACUAUUUCGGACACUAGCGUCACCGCCGGUCAACUCGCCCGAUUCGAUGCCAAGAUCUCCGGAACUAAACCACUGGAUGUGUACUGGUUGAAGAAUGGACAGAAGAUUUCACCAAACAUCAAGUACAAGGUUUUGGAAGAGGACAACACCUACACGUUGUUGAUCAUUGAAGCGUACGCUGAGGACGCCGGAAAGUACGAAUGUGUUGCCAUCAAUAGUGCCGGAGAGGCCCGCUGUGACGCCUCAUGCAAUGUGGAAACUCCCCACACACCGAUCAUUGAAAAACCGGCCACUCCCGGAACCGAGCGUCCACCAAAUCUAGUGGAACCACUCAAGGACAAAUCCGUCCCGGAAGGUCAAUCGGUUGAGUUCCGCACACGGGUGACCGGCAAGCCAAGUCCCACCGCUCAGUGGUACAAGGGUGACAAGCAAAUCAAACCGUCCAAGUACUUCCAGAUGACCAAAGACCGUGAUUACUUCACACUGAUCAUUACGGAAGCGUUCCCGGAGGACGAAGGUGAAUACCUUUGCAUAGUGUCCAAUGCGGGCGGCGAAGUGCAUACGACGGCCAGCCUCAAGGUGGUGACGCCAGGCAUGCAGGACACCGUGCCGAAGCUGACCGAAAUGAAGGAUUGUGUCGUGGAGGAGGGAGCCCCGGCGCAGUUCAAAACGCAGAUCGUUGGCAAACCGACGACCAAGAUGACGGUGCAGUGGCUGCGCGAGGGUCUGCUGAUUCCGGAGUCGCCCGAUUUUCAGAUGAUCACCGAGGGCUCCAACGCUGUGCUGCUGAUCGGAACGACGUACGAGGAGGACUCGGGCCUGUUCACCUGCCGAAUAACGACAUCGGCCGGCCAGGUCGAAACGUCCGCCAAACUGAUAGUCAAAACGCAACAUGUCCGCGUACGUUCUCCCGGUAUCUUCAAAAGUUGCGUUCAAUCUCUGUCAGUGUUGCGCUGCUGCGUUGCCCCCGUGGCACCAUCGCUCCCGAAAAAGCGUUAUGUAGUCAAACCGGCACCGAAGCACAAAACGGUGGCCAAAGAAACGCAGAGGCUUCUGACGGCCAUGAAAAUCCGGCGCCCGGCCAAGACCUUCUACCAAGGCAUCCCGGUGCAACAGCUGCAGUGGUGGCAGCUGCAACAGCAACAGUUGCACGAGCAACACCAGCUGAUGCUACUGCAAGAGCUGUCCUUUGACGAUGAAGAUGAAGAUUAUGAGUUUGAAGAGGAAGAACUAACGCAAUCAGGACGUCGCAAGCAGCUCAAACAGGUCUACGCUUUGGAUGGAACACUGGUCCAACAGGACGCGAGCCAGCAGUUCCAACAACUUACUCAACAACAGCAGCAAACACAACUCUACCAAAAUGGUCAAUACGAUAGUGGAAGCCAGGAAGAAUAUGACACCGAGUUCGUUCCGCAAGGUGACGAGAGUUUACCCUGGAGGCAAUCCCGCAGCAAGUCACGGACUCCAGUCACGCCCUGGCGACGAGUAUCGCAAGAUCGUCGAGCUUCUCAGGAUCGCCGCACUUCCCGUGAUCGAUCGUUGUCCAUUGACAAGCGCGAGGAAAUCAAACCCUGGACAGAACAGGUUGUCAAGCUCAAGAAAACAACCAAAGAAGCCAAGAAGGAAGUGAAGGAAAAGCUAGAAACUGUUCAACUCAAACCAACGCAGAUCCAAAAGGCUCAGAUACAAAAGGAGCAACUAGAGAAGGUAGAGCUUCGUGCAUUCAAGAAGGACGUACAGACGGCGGAAAUAUCCGAGCAAAAGAUGGAAGAGAUGGUUGAAGCUAUCAUCAAAGAAGACGAAACAGUUGACUAUGGAGUUCAAAAGCUAAGACACGACGAGGACAUAUCGAUUCUGGAAAUCACCAAACAAGUAGACGAGCUCAUGCGUAAAGAGACGGAAAAAGCUGUUCCAUGGAAACGUGGUAAAAAGACCGAACAAGAGCAAUUGGGUAAACAGCAAUUCGUAGAAACUGAUGAAACUACACUGCUAAAAGUAGAUAGAUCCGUCGAAGAUGAAACCAUCGAAAAACAGAAACUUGAAUUAUCUGUCGAUCAACAAGCAGGUGUGGCCUGGCGACGGGGCAAGAAAGCAGAACCAUUUGUGGAAACUGAAGAUUCAGCUCGACUGAAAGUGGAUCAAAUUGAAGAACAGCAAGAACAACUCAAACCGGAAGAGCAGCCCGUACCAUGGAAACGGGGAUCCAAAAAGCCUCUUACGGAAAAGGUCGUUGAUACUGAGGAUGUAACUCACCUGAAAUUAGCUGAAACGGAGCAGCAAGAAGUCAUUCAACCAGUUGAAGAGCAACCGGUCGCAUGGAGACGAGGACCGAAGAAACCACAAGAACCCAAAGUCGAAGAGCCAGUACCAGAGGAGCCUAAAGCAGAGGAACCACAACUGCCACCUUGGAUGCGUGGAAGAAAACCUGGACCAAAAAGGGAAAUUCCCAAACCACCAGAGCCGGAAAAGGUUGAACAAAUUUCCCUAAAACCUACUUCUAGACAAAAGAAAGAAAUACCAAAGGAAACCUUGGAAGAAGUAUCCUUGAAACCAAUUCCCAAAAAGCCUGUAGUAGAAGAAAUAAAACCCGAAGAUGUUGAACCUGUGGAAAUAAAGCCUAUGAAGCCAAAGAAACUGAAAGAAUUAACACCACGUGAAGAGCUUGAACAAAUGGAACAAAUUCAAUUUGAAGACAAGGUUAAACCAGUUGAACCAAAACCAGAAGAACCGAUAAAAACUCCCGAAACGAAGCCAAAAGAACCAGAACCGGAACCAGAACAACCAAGUUGGCGUCGUGCUCGGAAAGAAAAACCACAGGAAGAAACUUCCGAAGAGAAACAAUGGCCAACAGGCAAAAGACGACCGCUUCCUACAGAACCUAAGGAAGAAGUAGUGCUCAAGCCAAUUCCAAAACCACAAAAGGAAGUGGAACCACUUCCUGAAAAAGAGCUAACUAUCAAACCAAAACCUCUUCCCGAACUGCCAGACAAGCCAGAAAAAGAAACUGAUAUCUCUUUUCAGCCCCUUGAGGAGCGACCAAGUGAAAUUAUUCCAGAAGAAGCACCAGCUACGCAGCCAAUCGAGGAAGAUGAGUCCCAUCUUCCUCCAUGGAGACGCGGUAAGAAACCUGUGCCGAAACGAGAAAUUCCCAAACCUCCUGAACCAGAAGGGAUCGAGAAGGUUACUUUGAAGCCCACUAGCCGUCAGAAAAAGGAGAUUCCCAAAGAAUCCCUAGAAGAAGUUUCUCUCAAACCUGUACCUAAGAAAGCAGAAGUCAAGGAAAUUACUCCAGAAGAAGAGCAAGCGGAAGACCUUAAACGAACCAAAGUUAAAAAGCCCCGCGAUAUCAGCCCCAAAGAGGAGCUUGAACAAAUGGAACCACUUCGUGUGGAACCAGUUGAACGUCCAGAGGUACAAGAACCAGUUCAACCACCUGCUCUGAUCGAAGAGAAGCCUGCUGAACCUAUAGUUGAAGUUGAACAACCUACCUGGAGGCGUACUAAGAAACCAAAGCCUGUAGAAGAAGAAACCGAAGAGAAGAAAUGGCCCACCGGCAAACGAAGGCCUCUACCGGAGGAACCUAAAGAAGAAGUUACUUUGAAACCCAUACCCAAAAAGGAAAAAGCAGAAGAGCCAAAACCUACCAAGGAACCAACAAUCAAACCUACUCCUCUUCCGGAAAUCCCAGACGAACCGAAGGAAGAAGAAAUAACCAUUCAGCCACCAGCGCAGGAAGAUGAAUCACAUUUGCCACCGUGGAGACGUGGCAAAAAGCCAGCCCAAAAACGGGAAAUCCCGAAACCAGCCGAACCAGAAGCCAUGGAACAGAUCAAAUUGAAACCCACUCCCAAGGUCAAGAAAGAGAUACCGAAAGAAGCACUCGAAGAAGUUUCUUUAAAACCAGUUCCAAAGCAACCGGAGGUAGCCGAGGCAGUAGUUCUGGAGCCUGAAGUUUCCGAGGUUAAAGAAAUUAAGAUCACGAAACCAAAGGAACCUAAACCGAAGCGCGAAAUUGAACCACUGGAAAAGCCAGUUUUCCCAGAAAUACCAGAACCAGAGCCAGUUGUACUUGAAGAGAUCGAGAAGGUGCUGGAGGUGGUUGAAAAACCGGAAGAACCGGCACCAGAGCAACCAUCUUGGCGAAGAGAAAAGAAACCAAAGCCUGUGGUGGAUGAACCGGAAGAGAAAAAGUGGCCAACCGGUAAGCGUCGUCCAUUGCCAGAAGAACCAAAAGAAGAAGUUGUCUUGAAACCGAUCCCCAAGCCACAGAAAGAGGAAGAACAAAAACCAGUAGAGGAACCCAAAAUUAAGCCCAAACCAGUUCCAACUCCGGAGGAGCCAGAAAAGCCCGAGCCUACACCAUGGCGACGAGGCAAAAAGGAAAAACCGGUAGAAGAACCGGAGGAGCCCAAAGAGUGGCCUAAAGGCAAACGCCGUCCACUGGAUGAAGCGCCCAAGGAAGAAGUUGUUCUCAAACCGAUUCCCAAGCCAAAGAAAGAGGUAGAACCACAGCCGACGGAAAAGGUUACAUUGAAACCAACUCCCAAAUGGGAAACACCUCAAGAACUGGAGCUUCCUGAGCAGAAAACUCCAGUAGUAGAAGAGCUUCCAAAGCAGGCUGAAAUAAAGGAGGAAUCAACGGGUUGGCGUCGGGGUAAAAAGGAAAAACCUGUAGAAGAGCCCGAAGAGGUUAAGGAAUGGCCUAAGGGCAAACGCCGUCCGAUUGAAGAGCAACCAAAGGAAGAAAUAACCUUAAAGCCUAUUCCCAAGCCAGUGAUAGAAGAAGAGCCCAAGGAACCUGAACCUUUGAAGCCUCUCGAAAAACCAGAACCCACUCCGUGGCGUCGGGGUAAGCCAAAGCCGAAGCCUCAGGAACCGGAACCUCUAGAAGAGGUUAAGUUGAAGCCGAUCCCGAAGCGUGUUGAAGCCGAAGAAGAAGCAAGGGAGGAAGUAGUUUUGAAACCGGUUCCCGCGCAAGAAGCAAUCGUAGAGGAUGUACCAAAGGCAAUGGAGCUGAAACCAGUCGAGGAUCGAAAAGUUCAAAAGGAGGUACGCGUGGAGGAAGAAGAAACAAUUGUAACAAAAACCAAGAGGCGAGUGAAGAGACCAAAAACCCCUGAGGAACAAUACGCUACCGAACACGUUGCUCCUAUGGAAGAAGUUGAAUCAUUUGACGAAAAUGAAGAAUUGCCGCAUGUGGUCGAGACGAUUGCCGAUAUCGUGCCAGAGGAAGUAUUGGAGUUGAUUCCGGAAGAGGUUCCAUUGGAGAAGCCGAAGAAACGGAAAUCAAGAACAAAUAAGCACGUUGUGUUUAAGGAGGAGCUGAGCACGUACGAAAUCCAGCCGGAGGUUGUGAAAGAUGAAGAAGAGGAGGAGGAAGAGGAAGAAGAGGUUCAACAGGAAGUUUCUCAGAAGACUAUCCAGUUGAAACCAACGGAGGUGACUGAAGUGAAGCCGUUGCCAAUUGAGUCAAUUCCAAUUGAGGAAAUAAUGGAGGAACAAUCCGAAUUCCGUAAGGAAAUGGCAGUCAAGAUACAGUCCAAUAUAGUCAAAAAGGAGAAACGAAGAGUAUUCGUUGACGACAGUCAGCCACUACCGGAACUGGAGAUAAUUACACAAAAACGAGUCCAAGAGGUUACCGACAAGGUAGCAGAAGAAAGUGUCCGCGAAGAGCAGCACAUUUUGGAAAGCACCCAGCAAACUGUCGCUGAGACUAAGAUUCAAGAGCAGAAGAUCAAAGUCAAAAAACAGAAAGUUCAACCUCCGAGUUUCAUUGAAAAACUGCAGUCACAAAUUUGCGAACCUAAUCAACCGGUUCUGCUACAGUGCAAGAUCGAAGGAAUACCUUUCCCGGAAGUUCGGUGGUUCUUCAAUGAUACAGUGCUAUUCGCUAACCCUGAGUAUGUAAUGAAUAUUGUCGAGGACGUUGCAACACUGGAGAUUGCGACAGUGAUGCCAUACCAUGUAGGAGUGUAUACAUGUGAGGCAAAGAACGUUGCUGGAGUGGCCCUAAGUAAGGCGAAUAUUGUAGUUCAGGCGAAGCCAGAAGUUGGAGAAGCCCCAACAUUCAUCACUCCUUUGAAGAUAUCGGUAAAUGAAGACAAGACGGUAGCAACCGUAACUUGUCAGGUGCAUGGUAUUCCUAUGCCAAAGGUUCGAUGGUUCCGAGAUGAGGAAGAGAUCAUUGAAAUUGAGGAAAUCGAGACGGUUUACAUUGAAGAGACCGGACACAUUAAGCUCACGGUAAAGAAACCUAAGCAAAACGUUCCAAUCUUGUACACUAUUCAAGCUGAAAAUAAGUUUGGCAAAGCGGUAGGUAAGGCAAACUUGUUCAUUCAGUCGAUAACGAUCGAAAAGCCGAAACCUGAAAUGAUAGCUCCCAAGAUUGUGGAACCGCUGCAAGCUCAGGUGGUCAAGAGUGGUUCAACAUUGGUGUUUGAAUGUAGGUUCACAGGGGUACCAAAGCCGACUGUGAAGUGGUUCAGAAAUAGCAAAGAAGUUGUAGAGGAGGAAGAGGUCACCAUAGUGACAGAGGAAUACUACAGCAAGAUUGUCAUCACGAAAAUGACUAAGAAACGUUCAGGAAAGUAUGAGAUCAUCGUCCACAAUGAAGCUGGCGAUGCAAAGUCUUCUGCUUCGGUCACCAUUUCAGACACUUCAGAAAUGGACGAAGCCAAGGCACCGAGGUUUGUAGAACCAUUGACGCCCAAAUUGGUUGCAGAGGCCGAAGUUUGUAUUCUGGAGGCGGUGGUUGAUUCAUACCCCACAUCCACGUUCCAAUGGUUCCGUGAAGGUGCUGCCAUAAAAUCAUCCAACGAGCAACGCAUAGUCACCGAUGAAAACAAAUCCAUCUUGAUUAUUGAGUCGUUCAAUAAGAGGGAUGUGGGUGCGUAUACGUGCCGAGCAGAGAAUGUAGCUGGAUCAGUAACAUCGACAGCAACCGUUCAGGUGCUGGAAACGAUCGAAACCGAAGAAGUUACCGAAUAUAUAUCACCACGUUUUAUCGAACCGAUAAAACCAACGCGUGUUAUGGAUGGAGAGAAGUUGAUACUGGCGUGUCAGGUUCAUGCAGCGCCUCUGCCAAAGGUCCAGUGGUAUCACAACGAGCAGCUGAUUGUCGAAACGAAAGACAAGCAGUUCCAACAGGACAGCAGUGGUCGUUGCGUAUUGACUGUUUCAGAGGUAUUUCCAGAAGACACGGGUGAGUAUGCGUGCAUUGCAAGCAACAAGCUCGGCGAAGCGAUUUGCAAAACUACAGUAAACGUCGAACCCUUCGAGUAUGUUCCCGAUUCGGAACAAUUCCGCAGCUCCGAGGAAGAUUUGUUGACCGACAAGUCUAUCUCAACAUUGGAGGAAUACGCCGAACCGAUAGAGUAUGCUCCGCAGAUUGUGAAGCAGCUUCCUGAGGUGAUCAUGUCGGAAGAGCGUCAACUGACGAAACUCGAGGUGAAAGUAUUAGCUCAACCGAAGGCUCAGAUUCGCUGGCUCAAGGCCAACGAAGAAAUCAUCCCGUCUGAAGAGUUCCAAAUCGAGAAUUUCGAAGACGGCACUUCGAUUUUAGUUAUCAACGACAUCUAUCCGGAUGACUCCGGUACGAUCACAUUCGAAGCGCACAACGCCCUGGGAGUUGCCACGACCACCACCGAGCUGGUAGUGGAAGAACACGUCGGAACCAAGGCCUACAGGAAACCGGAAUGGGUACAAUACAUGGAGGAUAUGAAAGAAGCACUACAAGCUGCUUACGCACCGCCGUCGUUCUCGAUGGAGAUCAAGGAUUCCCGUGCUAUGUUGGGCGAGAAAGGAUUCUUCGAGUGCCACUUUGCAGGCAACCCCAAGCCAGAUAUUCUGUGGUAUCGUAACGGUAAGAUUAUAAUCGCCAAUGAGCGAGUCAAGAUUUGCAUCGAGGAGCACUCGGCUACGCUGAUAAUCUACCCGGUUGAGUUCGAAGAUUUUGGAUUCUACAAGUGUCGCGCUAUGAGCGAUGCUGGUUCAUGCGAAUCUUACGCCAAGCUGAUCGAGUCAACGACAGAGACACUAACUGAAGAAGAAAAAACAGAACUAGAAGCUCUGUUCGAAUCGAAGCGUGCCAGAAAUGGAAACGGACGCUCAAAGAUAGAAAAGAAGGUCGAGGUCGUGAUUGAAGAAUCGGAAGAACUGCUGCGCAAAAAGGCAGAGCGAAAGAGUCUACGCGAAUCAAAGAGGAAAGAGAAGGAAACACAGAUAGUGGAAGAGCUUGUGAAGAAGGAAAUGCAACAGAGUUCACUGCAGGAGAAGAUCAAGUUCUCACAAGAGUCGUCUUCCACGUUGACAACGAGUACCACCUCGGAGCUAACACAGGAUGUUAAGAUUGCCAAGGAUAAGGCUACCGUCAAAUUCAAAGAACAUCGGGAGACACUGAUUGAGGAAGUUGUAACAACCGAAACUGUUAAGGAGUUUGAGCGAAUGGUGAUUACCGAGAAGUUGGAUGUUUCCGAUGUGGAAAGUGUGAAGCACUCGGUACAAGUGAACGAAAUAUUAACAAAUUUGAAGGCCGCGGACUUUGGCCCAGGAGAAGCUCCUCUACGAGAACUGGCAACAAUUGCCUACAUGGUUAAGCAUGGUGUCGCUGUUAAUGAGAUCAAUAGCUUCUACCAAUCGGAUCACUUCCCAGCUUUGAAAACACCAGAAUCGCAAUCAGCUCUGGUUCUGCUUCUGGAACGCGAAGGUUAUGCCAGUAUCGUAACCGAAAUUCUCACCGAAACCGACAUGGAUGAAACGCAGCUGGCCGCCACUGCCGGAUUCCGUGCAUUUAUGCGUAUGAUCGAGCUGAACCACGCCAGCGUCGAGGAGAUCAUCACCCACUUCUCGCCGGAGGACUUCUUCAUGCACGAAUGGAAGCUGGAACAAGCUGACGAGAAAUUCGAGGAAACCCGACUAGUCUCGUCGACUGAAGUCCACACAACUGAAACCACCGUGAUGACCAAGACGGAGCUGGACAUCAAAGGUUUGAAAUCCUAACUAUCCUACCGCAACGCGUUUGUAUGAGCUUCCUGCUUCUCUAUUUAUAUCCUACUAUACUACUACUACUCCCUAAACAAAACCGCUCUCACUGUUGUAUCUUUUCUUUUUGAUCGAACAUAUUUCUUCAUCGAUUGUGUUCCUACUACUUUUACUGACCACCACUGACGAGCUAGAAACCGUUGAGUUCUUGAGUCGAGUUGUUUUCAGCGCUUAUUUGCUUAAAAUUGUAAAUGCUAUGAAAUAUGUUGAACGCAUAAUCGAAUCGCUAGGUUAAGCCAAAUCUGAAUAAAUCGCUUUAGUAAUUUACGCAA